AGUUGAUAUCUGCCUUGAAAUAGGAUCUGGAUCUGGUGUGGUUUCAACGUUUCUAGCUUCUUCCGUUAUCGGAUCCAGUGCACUGUACAUUUGUACAGAUAUCAAUCCUAUGGCAGCUUACUGUACACUGGAGACAGCUCUGCUUAACAAUGUUCACCUUCAGCCAGUCAUUACUGACUUGGUGAAAGGACUGUCUCCAAGAUUAAAUGGGCAGGUUGAUCUGCUGCUAUUUAAUCCACCGUACGUGGUAACACCUUCUGAAGAGGUGGAAAGCCACGGAAUAGAGGCAUCCUGGGCUGGUGGCAAAAAGGGCAGAGAAGUAAUGGAUAGAGUUUUUCCAUUAGUACCAGACCUACUUUCACCAGGAGGAUUAUUCUACUUGGUCACAAUUAAAGAAAAUAAUCCAGAUGAAAUUCUGGAAACAAUGAAGAAACAUGGCUUAGAAGGCACACAAGUACUUUCCAGACAAGCAGGACAAGAAAUGCUUACUGUCCUCAAAUUUAGGAAGUCUUGAUAACUGCUCUUAACCUUCCAGAUACGAAGCACGCAGA